AUGGAACGAUUCUUUAAAAGAAAAUUAUCUACGGAUAGUUCUUCUCUGUCUAAUCCGGGUAGUUCAAAUGCAAGACCAAUUGAUGUAGAUGAGAUCUUAGCUAAUCUUCAAGCAGACCCUGGACUAAGAACUCGAAUGGCGGAUUAUAGUCCUAAUAUUAGGGAUGAGAUCCGAAGAGCAUAUCUACAAAAGGGACCUUGUCAACCUAGAAGUUAUAAAUUCCCACAAACUAAUCAAUCAGGAAUUAAUAGACGCUUCAUUGCUCAUUGGUUUGAUGAUCAUGAUUGGUUGGAAUAUAGUAUUGCUAAAGAUGCUGCAUUUUGUCUUCAUUGUUAUCUCUUCAAAUCUAAUUUUGAUCAAGUGGGUGGUGAUGCAUUCACUGGGGUAGGCUUCAAUAAUUGGAAGAAGGCGAAAGAAAGAUUUAACCUUCAUAUUGGACCGGUUGGUAGUGUUCACAACCAAGCUAGAGAAGUUGCUUACAAUUUGAUGCAUCAAACUACACACAUUGAAACAAUUGUGAUCAAGCAAACAAGCCAAGCUCGCACGGCUUAUCGCACUUGCUUGAAUGCAUCACUUAAGUGCACUAGGUAUUUGUUGCGGCAAGGGCUUUCUUUUCGUGGUCAUGAUGAAAGUGCACAAUCAAGUAAUAAAGGGAAUUAUUUAGAGCUCUUACAAUUUCUUGCGGAUCAUGAUGAAAAAGUUAAGGCCGUUGUGUUGGAAAAUACUCCGGGAAAUUUAAAGUUAAUAGCUCCUUCAAUACAAAAAGAUCUUGUCAAUUCUUGUGCCAAAAAAACCAUUGAUCUUAUCUUGAGUGAUGUAAAAGAUAGAUAUUUUUCAAUAAUGGUGGAUAAAGCACGUGAUGUUUCAAUAAAGGAGCAAAUGGCGAUGGUGUUGCGUUAUGUGAAUGACAAAGGACAAAUAAUUGAAAGGUUUGUGGGGGUUCAACAUAUAACAGACACUACUUCAAGUGCACUAAAGGAAGCAAUUGAUGAAUUCUUUUCUUCCGCGAAUUUGAGCUUUUCCAAGCUACGAGGACAAGGUUAUGAUGGAGCUAGCAAUAUGAGAGGUGAGUUCAAUGGCCUUAAGACAAAGAUUUUGAGAGAACAACCUUGUGCAUUUUAUGUUCAUUGCUUUGCUCAUCAACUUCAACUAGCUCUUGUUGCGGUAGCAAAGAAAAACAUUGAUGUCAACUCUUUUUUCACAACGGCUAAUAGUUUGAUUAAUGUGGUUGGAGCAUCUUGUAAGCGUCGCGAUGCACUUAGAGCACAAUACCAAGAAGAGCUUGUGAGAGCUUUUGAAGAUGAUUGUCUUAUAACGGGGCGGGGCUUAAAUCAAGAAAGGACUCUCAAACGUGCCGGCGAUACACGAUGGAACUCACAUUAUGCAUUGCAAAAGAAAGAUCAAGACAUUGUGAGUGCAAUGAAUUUAGUGAAAACAUGCAAGGAAAACCUGCAGUUGAUGAGGGAUAAUGAGUUUGAAGAAUUGGUUGAGCAAGCAUCCUCGUUUUGUUACAAACAUGAUAUUAUAGUUCCUACCAUGGAUGAGGAAUAUGUAAUUCCAGGGAGAUCACGGCGUAAUGCUCCAAUGAAGACAAAUUAUCAUCGUUAUCAUGUGGAGAUCUUUAUUCAUGUAAUUGAUGGGCAACUUGCGGAAUUAAAUGAUCGCUUCAACGAGGUAAGUACUGAGUUACUUACUUGUUUGGCAUGCUUGAGUCCAAAAAAUAACUUUGUGGCUUUUGACAAACGAAAGCUAGUUCGUCUUGCUCAAUUUUAUCCUUAUGAUUUUUCGGAUAGAGACUUAUUGAUGCUUGAAGAUCAACUUGGUAUUUAUGUUCAUCAUAUGCGUUCGAGUAGUGAUUUUUCUCAAUUGGAAGGGAUUAAUAGUCUUGCGGAAAAAAUGGUGGAGAAAGGAAUGCAUGAAAUAUUUCCUUUUGUGUAUUUGCUUCUUACAUUGGCUUUGGUUUUACCGGUUGCAACUGCAUCAGUGGAGAGGGCAUUUUCCGCUAUGAAUAUUAUUAAAAAUCCACUUCGCAACAGAAUGGGAGAUCAAUGGUUGAAUGAUAGCUUGAUUGUUUACAUUGAGAGAGAUGUUUUUGCUUGUAUUGAUAACGAAAUUAUAAUGCAACGUUUUCAGAAUAUAAAAACUCGUCGUGGACAAUUGUAA